AUGUUUUCGGCUAAGACUUUCACUGUUUUAAUACUGCUGAUGUUAUUCUGUUUAACUUCUGACUGUGACGCUUGGCGAAGACGCCGUCGUCGUCGUGCUCCCCCGCCAUGUCCAGUGAAAAACUGUGAUAUCACUUUAUGGUCAUACUGGAGUUAUUGCAGUACAGACCAAUGUGGACAGCAAGGCUCUCAAAGUCGAUCAAGAACGGUUGUAUCAGAGCCAUCAUGUGGUGGAACAGAAUGCCCUGACAACCUUUCCGAAACUCGGCAGUGCUCUGGUAGUAAAGCAGUUGACUGCAAACUUAGCCACUGGUCAGAAUGGAGCGGUUGUACAACUGUUUGUGGCGUAUUAGGUACACAGUCCAGCGUCCGUCACCGAAUAACUAUCGAACAAUGUGGCGGUACCUGCUCAUCUUCCCUGAUAAAGACACGAUCCUGCCAACAGACCGGCUGUUUUAAUGGAGGAAGUCUUAUUGAGGGAGUAUGUUCCUGUAGAGCAGGGUUUUCCGGGGAUUGCUGCGAGCUGCAAGGGGAAACUUGGCGUUGCGGUGGACUGGGGCCAGUCGACUGCCAUCUUAGUUCCUGGUCGGAGUGGGGUCCUUGUACGACAAUGUGUGGUGUAGGGGGUAGGCAGACUAGCACUCGUCGCCGGCUGAUUACAGAGCAGUGUGGAGGUACAUGCCCCGGUGGAUUAAACUUAAAAAUAACACGAGCCUGUCCUCAGAUCAGAUGCUUUAAUGGAGGCAGAUUAAUGCAUGGAGCAUGUAAAUGCAAUGUGGGUUACUCUGGUGAUUGCUGUGAGUACACUGAGAACACUAAGAAAGAUACAGAUACAGAUACCAACACAGGCUCAAUCAAAAUCAAGGUCGCGAUUUCGGUGCCGGGAGUAGUAGUUUUGUUCGUCAUCAUCUUUUGUGUGUGCUGGCGUUAUUUUAAGGAAUGA